AUGGGCUACAUACAUUCCGUGAUGGCUAAGCUUCCACCAGGCCGAUAUGCCGCAGAUGCCCAGCGUAUCCUUUUAAACCAUGUCUCUUCCGAGCGGGAUAUGAUGGUGUCCCUGUUGGCAGCUCGCGAGCCAUACUCUCAAGAGGAUCUAAAUAUGAUGCGAAUCCUUCUAUACAACGAUGAUGAGCCCGAUGAAAGCUACUGGUUUUACCAAGAAGGCUUCCUCCAUCCGGUUCAACUGGGAGAUCAGCUUUCUCAUGGCAGGUACACCAUCAUCAACAAACUAGGGAACGGAUCGUUCUCGACCGUAUGGCUUGCGCACGACGAAAUCCUGGGUCGAAAGGUUGCUAUUAAGAUCGCGUGUGCAGAGACCGAACGCGAACCUGAUGACUUUCCUUCCGAUGAGCAGGCAAUCCUUCAACGACUGCGAGGCGACCCUUCGCCACACCCUGGAGCAGAGGUCAUUCACCCCUGCUUGGACACUUUCAAGAUAGAAGACUUACACAGCGGAAAUCUGCUGCUAGCGUUACCAGAUGAAGAGCUAUCGAAGCGCAGUGUUCGAGACCUCUACACCAGCUUCGGCUUGCCGCAACAGUAUCCAAUAGACAUUUGCAAGAAGGUCAGCGACUUUGACGAAUCCAUCCCAGAAAAUGCGCCACCUUACCUGGUGGGUAAGAUGUACUUCAACGACAAACAUGCCCACAAAUUGCGUCUUUAUGAUGCAAAGCUCCGGAUUAGUGACUUCGGGGAAUCAUGGAGACCCGCUGAGCAUGAUAGAUAUGAACUCGAUAUACCAGAGCAAUCUCGCGCUCCUGAGGCAUUGGUUGCGGAGAAGCUUCGCAUGCCUAUUGGGUUUCCUGCAGAUGUGUGGGCUUUGGGCUGCAUUAUCGUCGAGCUCUAUGCGCGUUACAGCGUCUUCCAAACCUAUUUUCCUGGGUUCGAAGAGGUUUGGGCCGAAAUGGUCCAUGUUCUUGGCAAGCCUCCACAGACAUGGUUGGAUGCGUCGAAGGCGGAUAUCGACUCCGGUAACAAUGAUAACGGCUCGAACCCCGACAACGAGACGCCUCGGAACAGAGACCCUACCAAUCUUUCAGACCACAUUGUGCAGCUCAUAGACAAAGAUAGAUCAGAGAAGCUGGUUGGAAUUUGGGAAGAUGGGGAUGAAGAUGAGAAAGUCCCACCUGGAGAGUUGCGAGAUCUGCUAUUGAUGCUGGAGCAGAUUUUCUGCUGGCUUCCAGAGGACAGAAUCAAAGCAGAAGAUCUCAUGAAGGGAGAUUGGAUGGAAAAUUGGGGGCUCCCGGCGAUUGAGGAGAUGGACAAAGCCUACGAAGAAAAGUCGCAAGUCACGAAGCAGACUUCCGCCAGUUCGGGCUCCGGUUCAGAAAGCAACACCAUGCACCAUGGCAAGACGAAUCGCCCAGUAAACGAGACCAGGCAUGGAGCCAUUCGAGGACUUUUCAAGACAGCUAGAUGGGGGCUGGGAACGGGCGUUUGGUUGUGGCUUGAGCGAGCGCUUGGGAUUUGA